AUGGAAUUGUACCUACUACCGAAUGCUUUUUUGCUUGCUUUACACAUACAUACACAUACACAGACACAGACACAGACAGACACACACACACACACACACACAAAUACACAGAGACACACAUAUGUGUAUUUUUUUACCUUAAUGCUAAAUGACCACUAUCAUAUGAGCCCACUAAUGGGAAUCGCCAUUGAUACUAAUGUCCUUUAUCUAUUUCCUCAACAAAAAAACCAUCAUCUGGCAAUAUUUAGACAUUUACUAGGAGUUUUUAUGCAUUUGACCCUGAUGGCUACUAUUUUAUACAUUUGA